CCAACUCCACGCUAUCAGCCACGAGCUAUCUGCCAUGUGUGCUGCGCCACAUUUUCACAUCCGGAAAGUCUGCACAAACAUGCACAAAACGUCACCAAUGAACUAGAAUUAAGUCAACAAGAUGUCUAUCUUCAGCUGGUCCCUUCUCUGUGUGGUGACUGUCUCGACCUCAGCUUUUAUCAUGCCGAGACAGAACAAGACGAAUCCCAACACCCAGCCCACACAUCACCUUGAUCCGAACCAUAUGGAUCAGGUUGCCGUGGACAGCAAACACGCCAGAAGGAUUUUCGAGGAACUUGCAAGGGGAAAUAACUCCAUCGAUAUGGAUGACUUAAAGAGAUUCUUGAAUAGUUCCGACAUUAACGGUGACGGUCAGGUGACAAGUGACGAGUUUCUCUUAACGUGGUACCAAAAUGACAUUGGUUCUCUUGUCAACGCAGUCCCCUUCUUCUUCAAGAUCGACGUCAACAAGGACGACAGGAUCACCGCUGACGGCGAUCUCAAGUAUAUAUUCGAUAUGUUUGAUAGAAACGGCGACGGUGUCGUAGACGAGGCAGAGUUUGUCGUCCAGUGGGUAAAGUUGACCUCUCUGUGACGACGCGGAUAAUACACGAAGCGCACAUGUACCAACAAUAAACAUUUCGUGCAUAA